CCCCAGUCACCCCACUGCCCAGUCCACGGGUACUGCUGCUCUUAAUCCAAUCAAGCAGAGACUAGGACUGGCCCUCUCCCUCAACUCUCUGUCUACUCUGACUCCUCCAACAAGAGUCUGCUGCACUCACAGGUAGGAGGACACUUCUCCGGACACUUCUCUAUCCACUCCGGCUCUGGUCCGCUGUUCUGGUAACUGACUACUGGUCUACUCUCUUUUCUUUUUAGUCUUCCUUUGGCUAUUCUAGACAUCCACUUGUUGACUUCUAUCUGUUCCACUGCUCUCCAUCUCACUUGUUAACUUGCAGCCACACACACAGCUGAGGCUGAGCUGCACAGCUGCAGAUGCUUAUUCAGGCGAGAGUUUGUUCUCUUUGGCAGCAAAUUAGCUUUUGGAUUUGUGAAAUUUAGUGAUGCUUUUGAGCUGACCAUCUCAUCCUUUUAUUUUGGAAUUAGGUGAAGUUUGUUGAUGUUUGUUUGAGUAAUUUAGCUUCAGAUUAGUUUCAAAUACUUUGAUAAAUAUAACUAUCAGUAACUACCCACUGGGCACACACUGGUUGAAUCAACGUUGUUUCCAUGUCAUUUCAAUGAAAUGACGUGGAACCAACGUGGACUAUAUGUUGAAUUGACGUCUGUGCCCAGUGGGUAUGAUUUAGAAUGACUAUUUGACAGUUAGUUCAAAGGGCCUUGCCAGUAGUCUACCCUGCAGAGUCUGAAAGUUUAAUGUCCUAUUUACAGUUUCAAAUGAAUAAUUCAAUAGCAGUGCAUAGAUAGAAUACAAGCAGAUUUCUUUCCACAUCAGGCCACAACCUCUCAACCCUCUUUGGCAAAUUCUUAGAUUGUACUCCAAAUAGGCCUCGAAUGUGUGUUCUUGUGCACAUUUUUUGAUUUGCUGCGAAAGAAGUGAUGCGAGAUGGACUGAAAGCUGAAGGGUAGUCUUUGAAAACAAAGAGCGGCUGAAUGCAGGAAUCAAUGCAGUGUGGCUGGAUGAAAUGAGAUGGAGGUUUGGGUGGGCUGGGCAGUUGCCUGAAGGGCCUCUUUUUUGGAGUGGGGUUGCCCCUCCUGUUAUGGCUAAAACCUAUCUCCAAGGUAGGGGUCCUGGAGUCUCUCAUCAUCGUCUUUUAUUAGCCAUGGUGUCAUGGUAGUGUCAUAGCAAUUUGUGUGGCCUGUAAGACUAUGGCCCUGCAAUGAGAUUAUGGCAGACAGGAGCUAAGGAAACAGAUGGUGGUGCUGGGACCAAGGUCUGGUCUGUAAUAGUAUAAUGAUGUUAAUAGAGAUCCAUUGUAGACCUUGAAUUAGACAGGAGAUUGAGGGGAAAUGAGACCUUGUUGGUCUUAAUGUAUGAAUCCAGGUACUGUACUAAAAGGGUCUGAACUACUGCUAAUGCAUGCCAGAGGUUUCCAGCAUGACUCUGAUUUGCAAUGGAUGAAUUGAGGUCUUUGUUGUGGUAGGGGAAUAGGACAAGAAGCAAACUGAAAUGAGAUUUUUUGUUGUUAUAGGCUACUGCAUGUGACAGUGUGUCAGAACUAUACUCAUGGCUUAUUCUGAAAAUUGGAAGUAUCUACACAUCAUGACACAUCUGAUACCCAACACUAUUCUGUGAGGGGGGGGGGGGUAUGCCAAUGUGCUGGUGGAUAAAGUCUGCAAUGCAGGUUUGAUUGAAUUAGCCUAUUUCUUGAGACUUCAAAGGUCUUGGGUUGUCCUCGACGGAUCAAAUUAACCUGCAAAUCAAGCAUAAAUACCACUGCGGAACCUAGUAUUUGUGAAGUGCAUGUCUCUGUCUAGGGAUCACUUCGAUCUUGAUCACAAAAUCACUCAAUUCCAUUUGUGGAGGGGAACGAGUUACGUUGAGUGUUGUGGUGUGUGUGGAGGAGAAUGAGGAGGUGUGUAGCUCUGUUCCAAACUCAUCUCAUUGAAUCAUGGACAUCAAAGCCAGAACACCAACUCCCUGCCCCUGCCAACAACUGCUCCAAAUACUUCAUCUUGUCAUCCUGAGAAUGUGGAUCAUCCGGGUCCAUUCCAAAACGGAGAGAGGAGGAAGACAGGGGAGUCAAAGAGGGAGAGAGGCCUAGAAAUAUCCACUGCUGUCGUAAACCUCGGCCAGAAACAACCUGUGGAAUGAAUGCUCCCUAUUGUAAGAAAGAGAUACGCAAUGAAAGGCAUCACUACAUACCUCAUUGUCAAUUACUUCAAACUCCGCUCCUCUGCAGUGUUGUAUUGUGUACUAAUGUGUGGCUAGCACAGGAGGCUGCUGAGGGGAGGAUGGCUCAUAAUAAUGACAGGAACGGAGCCAAUGGAAUGGCAUCAAACUGUUUCUGUGUUGUCUAUCCCAUAGAAAUAUAAUGACUAGAAUAUGCAAAGUCCCUCGGACCACAGCAAUUUGACUGCACCCUCACGGGUAAUUCUAACUUUAUGAUCUAUGCAAGGUGUCUGGCUGUCUGUCCAGGACGGAGGGGACACACAGUGGAACUCACUGUGGACUUCCUGUCCCACAAAGUAUAAUGGGAGGGAUAACCAGGGGUUAUUCAGGGUUUAAUGGGGAGACAGAGGACAGCUGCAGGACCCAGAGCAGACUUUGGCACAGCAUGCCACCCCUUCUCUCUCCUCCAUCUUUAAAGGCUUGUGUCAUCUUUCCACUGUAUCCCAGAGCUACACAUUGUGUUUUAGUAGCAUAGGCAUGAAUUGUUAUGUAUUGUUUUUACAGUACACCAACUAUGAUUUAUGGACCAAAUGCAUGAUAUAAGAAUCAACUGUAUGAGUACACCUACCAUUAUAGCAAGUAUUCAUUGAUACAAUUAGCAUUUAAGGCAACCCAAUGGGCACAGAUGUUAAUUCAACGUCUAUUCCAUGUCGGUUCAACGUCAUUUCAUUGAAAUGACGUGGAAACAACAUUGAUUCAAUCAGUGUGUGCCCAGUGGGAACUAUUAUAUUUUUUGGCUAAUUACAGCAUUCCACCACUUCAAAUGUGAAGCUUUUACGCUAAAUAGCUUAUCUAACAGCUGUGUUCUCAGCUGAUGCGAUAGCUCACCAAAGCAGCUGAUUGCUUAACCAAUUUACUCUCGCAGACUUCAUUCUCAAAUCAAUUAAAAGUUCUCAUUGUGACUUUCAUUUUGGUCCGUUGAUUGAACCACAGAGAUACUUUUGUUUCAGAUACAUAUUAGUACAUUAGUACAUAAGCCUUGUAUGUCGUAGUCUAGUGCAUUAUGUCAUUACAUUACAUUGGCCUUGUGAUCUCAUGGUUAUUGAGGCCAAUACACUAUUAAAACGAAUUACAUGUUGAUCUGAUUAGGUAACAGUGAAACCAAUCUUUCACUCAGGGGAAAAACUUCAACGUAAGUAACAUUUUCACUCAGUCUCCCAUUGACAUCAAUGCAUGGAAGUUAGGAUUCGCCACUCAGUGAUGUUACUUUACUUGAAGAAACUCUAAAUGUUUAUCUCCUCUUUUACAGGCAAGAGAGCAAAGGGAGAGAUUUGAUCCAAAAUGGCAGAGCGCUACGACUGCCAUGACUGCAAGGAGUCCCUGUUUGGGAGGAAGUAUGUGCUCAGGGAAGAUAACCCCUACUGUGUGAAGUGCUAUGAGAGCCUGUACUCUAACACCUGUGAAGAGUGCAAGAAGUCCAUUGGCUGCAGCAGUAGGGUAAGUGGUCCUGAAUGUGGUGGUGUAGAGUUUACCAGUGCUAUUCCUCGAUAGGUUGUAUUCCUUCCUAUUAGUAUUAACUUUAUUUCUAUGACCCAGGUGUUGAACAGAACUUGGAAUUAGAACAGGAGUCGAUGGAAUUAAAACACAAAUAUCCCAGACCCAGACACAAUCAUUGACCUAAAAGGACACAUGACAUACUACUACGCACUGACUCUCACUCACGCACACACACACCCACACAGAUACACACACACAAACACACACACACACACACACACGCAAAUAUACAUUCAUGCUACACACACAUCACAACUGCUGCUACCAGACUCUCAUUAUGAUUGCUAAAUACUGCACAAUUUAAACACUUGUCCCCCUUCCACAAAACACGUGUAAAUAUUGGACUAUAAAUUGUACCUUCCUGUAUUAUACUUAUGCCAAAAUGUUUAUUCUAUUCUACUGAGUCAUUUACUAAGUUCGUAUUCUUAUCUUUUAUUAUUUCUCAUCGUUGUUGCAUGAAGGAACCUGCAAGUAAGCAUUUCAUUGGACAGUCUAUCCCACGUGUAUCCUGUACAUACGACUAAUAAAACGUGAAACUUGAAACUUGUGGCUUCCUAGUUCGCAUUCUGACAGGGCCUUGUGUUUUUUCAGCAAUUAGUGUCACAUUACAUGGUCAUUAGUGUCACAGAUUAGAUGUCACCCCCCAGUGGAUUGGCCUUGAGGGGGGCUCAUCUGUGCCGAGUGUCCCUGUCCCCUGUAGCAACUAGUCAGUCAUCUGUCCUAGGCCUCUUUCAGUUUAUCUAACCCAUAGCUGUGACUGCCACCCCUGCUCCCAUCUCAGUCAUUAUUCAGUCAUUCAUCUAAAUGGGUAGCUAACUAAGCACAUGUUGUCACACAUCCAUUGUCACCACGCAUCCAGCAGAUAGGAGUUGAGUUGAGGUCACUGCCAUGGCAGAACACUAGAACACAGUGAGUGGUAAUCUUAACAGACUGGUGGGCCUUAGAUUCAGUCAAAACGCUGAUGUCCAUUAUCCCAGAAAAGGAGGCAACGAGAUGAAUGGAGAUAUACCUGACCCUGACUCUCUGUCCAAUCCUCCUUCUUUAGGACCUGUCCUACAAGGACCGCCACUGGCAUGAUGACUGCUUCCACUGCUUCAAGUGUAGCCGCUCCCUGGUUGACAAGCCCUUCUCCACCAAGGACGACCAGCUUCUCUGCACCGAGUGCUACGCCAAUGAGUACUCCUCCAAGUGCCACGAAUGCAAGAAGACCAUCAUGCCAGGUAAGGACAUGUCUGGCCUGACAGAAGGGAGGAAGUCAGUGAAUGGGGCUUUCAGUUGGAUUUGGCCAGUACAAAAUCUAUUGGUACUGGUAAGGAAACUACUGAAGGGGAAAGAGUUGACAGAUUUGACAGACAUCUGACAGAGUUGAGGUUUGAGUGGGAUUUGGUUACUAGCAAAUCUAUUUGGUGCAAUCAUGGAUGCCAGGUUUCCACCUCCUAUGACCUGUGUUAGGAGUUUAUGUAAUGAAUAAUGUUGUUGGAGCAGUCAAGCGGGACAAUGGAUGGUCUGUCAUAGUUUGGUGGAGCCAGCUCACGUACCACUACUGGUAACCUGAUUGGGGGGCUGGUGAGCGGAGGAGGAUGAGAGGAUAGCGCGAGAGAGAAGAGAGGGAGCGCGCCGAGCCGAGCGAGCCGGGAGAGAGAGAGAGAGAGAGAGAAGGGGAGCGCGAAGGUCGUGGGGGAGCGAGGAGAGAGAGAGAGAGGGAGGCGAGGGGCGAGAGAAGCGAGAGAGGGAGCGGGCGAGAGGGAGAGGGCGAGAGAGAGGGAGAGAGGAGAGGAGAGAGGAGCGCGAGAGAGAGAAGAGAGAGCGAGCGAGAAGCCGCAGAGAGAGAGAGGAGCGCGAGGAGCUAGAGCGCGAGAGCAGAGAGCUCAGCUUUCUCUUCUCUACUAUCACGCCGAGAUCUUGUUCUCCUCUCCCUACGCUCAGCCCCCGUAUCUUCUCUCUCUCUCGCUCUCUAUCUCUCUCUCGCUAUCUCUCUCUCUCUCUCUCUGCUCUCUCUCUCUCUCUCUCUCUGCUCUUCACCCUCCCCUCUUCCUCCCCUUUGUCUCUCUCCUUCUUCUUCUCCUCUCUGGUUUCCAGGCUCCAGGAAGAUGGAGCAUAAGGGCAACAGCUGGCAUGAGACCUGCUUCGCUUGCCAGCGCUGCCAGCAUCCAAUCGGCACCAAGAACUUCAUCCAUAAGGACAACAGUAACUACUGCGUGCCCUGUUACGAGAAGCAGUUUGCCAUGCAGUGUAUCCAAUGCAAGAAGGUAAUAUAACCCACUGGAGUGGGCUUAAAUGGAGUGUACUGGAUCAGAAUGUAUGCUUUUGGAGAAUCCUGUGUUAAAAUGGAUUGCUCCUCUCCAGAGUCGCAUUUCUUACCAUUCUUUGUCAGCAUUUAAAACAGGUUCCUUGUGCAUACAAAACAAAGCUUGUGAUGAAUAAAAGUUCAACUCAAUUCAGUUGAGCCCGCAUUAUGCAGUACUUCUUUUUCCCAUGGUCAAAUACCUUUACAGGUAUAGAUGUUAAUUAUAGAUUGGUGAUUGAGCUUCUCACUUCCUGUGUCUGUCUCCUGUAGCCAAUCACCACUGGCGGGGUGACCUAUCGCGAUCAGCCGUGGCAUAAGGACUGCUUCCUGUGCACUGGUUGUAAGCAGCAGCUGUCUGGCCAGCGGUUCACCUCUCGGGACGACUUUGCCUACUGCCUGAACUGCUUCUGCAAUCUGUAUGCCAAGAAGUGUGCCUCCUGCACCACCCCAAUCAGUGGUACGUAUGAUCACUCACAUUGGCUCAUCCUCACACAUACCUGUAGACUCUGGAGUCAAUCGUAACUUCCACUUAUGUCAAAUAUCCACUUAGUCAUGCAUCGAUGUCAAUGGAAGACUAAGUGAAAAUUCAACAUAAGUGGAAGUUAGGAUUCACCCCUCUAUGAUUAGUUAAUUAUACACUGAGUGUACAAAACAUUAGGAACACCUGCUCUUUCCAUGACAUAGACUGACCAGGUGAAUCCAGGUGAAAGCUAUGAUACCUUAUUGAUGUCACGUGUCAAAUCCACUUCAAUCAGUGUAGAUGAAGGGGAGGAGACAGGUUAAAUAAGGAUGUGUAAUCCUUGAGACAAUUGAGACAUGGAUUGUGUAUGUGUGCCAUUCAGAGGGUGAAUGGGCAAGACAAAAUAUUUAAGUGCCUUUGAAUGGGGUAUGGUAGUAGGUGCCAGGCGCACUGGUUUGAGUGUGUCAUGAACUGCAACGCUGCUGGGGUUUUCACGCUUAACAGUUUCCCAUGUGUAUCAAGAUUGGUCCACCGGCCAACUUGACACAACUGUGAGAAGCAUUGGAGUCAACAUGGUCCAGCAUCCCUGUAGAGCGCUUUCGACACCUUGUAGAGUCCAUGCCCAGAUGAAUUGAGGCUGUUCUGAGGGCAAAAGGGGAUAAAACUCAAUAUUAGAAAGGUGUACACUUAGUGUAUAUUCGUACAGAAUCAAUAGGGCCAGGACUUUUUCCAUACCAUGUGACAAAAAAAACCUGACUCUGGUUCCUCAUCCCUACACUCCAUACUCUCCACUUCUAUUCACUCCUAUUCAAAACAUUAUUUAGUAACGACCCCAAACUCAAGGUCCCUUACUUACAGUGAGGUUACAUAUUAACUAGUCAGUUGAUCUAUCUAUCUGGUGUUAUAGAGCCAUGGCACUCAGCUCAUGGGUUUUGAAUUUCUUCCAGAAAAUGUACUUACUCAAUAUCUAUUCGAAUAUUAUUACAUUAGUGAUCCGGAGUAAUUUUUAAGGAAGUGCGCCAGACAGUGUUCCCAUGCUCACAUCUUUCUCCAUCCCUCCCUCUCUGUGCCUGUCUCGUCUUGCUUGUGCAGGUCUGGGGGGCAGCAAGUACAUCUCGUUUGAAGAGCGCCAGUGGCACAAUGGCUGCUUCAACUGCAAGAAGUGCUCCAUCUCCCUGGUGGGAAGGGGCUUCCUGACCGCCCAAGAUGAGAUCAUGUGUCCCGAGUGUGGCAAAGACAUCUAAGAGCUAUAUGCGAGGAUGGAGCGUCAAAGCCAAAGAAAGCAAAGAUGCAAGCUAAUAUAGGCCUAGUCCUACUAACAUGUCAUUUAUUCUAAUAAUAUAAUUUUCAGACUAACCCUAAAGGCUUUCUGCAUGCACUGGCCUCAGAUUGAUACAGUAUGUUGUCUGAUGAAUUGAGCACAAAUUGCAUUAGAUUCUUAGAAAGAGAUAUCAUUUCGAUGUAUUUUAAACAAAAUAGCAACUUUGUCCGUGGUUUGUUACCAUUAGAACGUUUAACUAAUGUAUUAGGUUGUAUAUGUUAGGAUAAUCAUCCGUGACAAAUAACUAUGACAUAAUGCAAUUAACAGGAGUUAUACUUUUCAUUAUAGCAGUAAAAUCUAAUGAGAACAUGACAUGACAUGUACCUGCACUCUAAAUGUGAAAUAAAGUAUUUAAAAGGCAAUUCACUGAUAGAAUAAUCUUUCUGACAUUUGUGUUUGUUCCAAAUCUGUAAAGACACAAUUAAUCCCAUGGGCCCUGGUCAAAAGUAGUGCACUAUAUAUAUAUUUAUAUAUAUAUUAUAUAUAUAUAUAUAUAUAUGCAGGGGAAUAGGGUAGCUUAGUGGGUAAGACUAGGUGAAAAAUCUGCUAAAUGACACACAAAAAAAGUAGAUCUACAACCCCCAUGGUUGUGAAUGGCUUACCUCUGGCUCCAUCUAGUGGUACAAGCACCCCUUGGGGGAAAAUGGUCUCUUGACCACUUAAAACCACAUAAAGGAGGUCUGGGAUGUGAACAUUAGUGCCUGGAUCUGUCUGGGUCUUGGCUGCAGGUUAGCGGUUUUCUUCAUGAAUCUUGUUCUAGAGGUAGCUCUGCAGAGAGGUCACUAGCUGGCACAGCCACAAAGUCAUUCAACCCUAAUGCCUAACCCUAAGGAUGAGCUGUCCAUGGUGCUGAAAAGGUUGAGGGCGAUGCUGCAGCCGUGUCUUGUUCGGGGUUGCUGUCCAUGGCGCUGGUUUUGAGUGAAGAAAAUGUCAAUUUUCUGUAAUAAAUGAAAAUCCAAAUAAUUUACAUUAUUAAAAAUCCAAAAGGCACGAAGGUCUCCAAGUUGAAGUCAAUCUAUUUAUACUUUUUGGUUUAUUGUAACUGUAAUAUACAUUUUAUGUAAAUGUAUAAUGUAUAUCAGUAGGAUAUUUCUGUUUUGGGUGUUUUUUUUAAUAAAUAAUAAAUAAAACCACAUGACCGGAUGUACAUGGAAUGUGCAGUAGGAAAUGCUAACCGCAUUAGCUAACCAUCCAUUAUUUUAUCGAGGUCUCCACUCCCACCGGCACACGAAUUGUGUAAGAUAGCUUUUCUAAACCUACAAUUUCUCUCUGAACAUUACAUCACUCUAUGUGCUAUUGCCAACAUGAUAUGAUAACCUGUUAGCUAGUUGUUCAUAGGUUAACAUUUAGUCGUGCACGUUUGAUGGCUUUUGUGUAAAGCUAGCUGGCUAGCUAGCUAACGGAUGCUAUCCCACUAACUAGCAUUGAACAAAGGUUGUGUGUGCCUCUCCCCUCUGUGUCUGAAACGGGGAUACCCGAUUGUCGUGUGGUUUACAUAUAGCAAGAACUGUUAGCAUAGUUUAUCUUGCAUAUUUAACUGACGUUGCAACUGUCUUGUCUUUUUAUUAUACCCCAUCAGCUAAUUCUGGAAAUCAUCAUCAUCCAAAAUGAGUGCUGCUCCCAACCACAGACGGACCAAGCCUGGUGGUAAGCUAGCUUGCUAACGUAUUCUAGCCUCUAGCUGUAGUCAGUUAACUGGGCAGCUGUGUCAGCUACUACAGUAUCCUUGCACGUAAGCCUCCUGUGCCAUAAAGGCCCAGACCUCUUAGCAGAGUAUCCCUAAACACUCCCUAAAAAGACCUGAGAGAGUGGAUUUAUCCCUCUGCUUCCACCAAAUGUAGCGAUUGAGGAAGUGCUGAGGUGGUGCUUGAACCAGUUACCUUCUGGUUGCAGGGGCAAGUGCACUAGAUACCCCCCUUGCCACAAAUAUCGAGACCUUAGCAGAGGCUAUUAUAUGCUUACAUACAGGGAUGCUACACUGUAUCACUCAAUAUAGCUUUUACAUCUAGGCCAUCAAUUCUCUAGCCAGCCAGGGCAGAUACAGCAUCUGCCUGUAAAUGCAGGCCUGAGUGCUGGUGACAACACCCAUUAAAAACCUAAUCAUUUUAUUACAGGCGUGAAGACAGGCUAUCCAGGCCAAGCUCCCUCCAACGGUGUUACGGGACCCACUUCCCAGAUCCCCGGGCUGUGCCAGGAAGCCACUGAGGGUGCUCCAGAGGCCAGGACCAGCGGAAGGCGUGUGGGAAUAUUCGACUCCGACUCCGACUAUGUCAAACUUGCCAAAGGAGGGGGACAGAAGGGUAACAAUGUUUUGUGUCAUAGUUUUGUGCUGCUUUACAGUACAUAUGUGCUUUACACUUCAGUACAUGCUCAUUACUAUGGACUCUUUGGACACAGACUAGUGUGUUUGUAAUGAUAUUAGCUAGUUCAAAUUAUAGUGAAUUGCUCUAUAUAUCAUGUUCAAUUCAUUUGGUAUUUGGUAUUUUAUUAGGAUCCCCAUUAUCUGUUGCGAAAGCCACAACUACUCUUCCUGGGGUCCACACAGAACAUGAAACAUGACAUAAUUCACAACAUUAAUAGACAAGAACAGCUCAAGGACAGAACUACAUACAUAGCCUACAUAUCAAUACAUACACACAAAAUAUCUAGGUCAAAUAGGGGAGAGACGUUGAAUUCCCAUGUUGAAUUCCCAGAGGAAAGCUAAAGACUGAUUUUCAAAAGAGAUGAAUUCAUGUUUAGUUAUGUUCCUACUUUUAAAUAACUUGUGUUAUGUGUCCUCCAUAGGUUUACUGUGGCAUGAGGACAACAAGGAGGAAGCUAGGCCCAAUGCAUCCUACAAUGCACCUGAUUGGUUCUCUGCUGGAUCUCAGCGGUAAGGACCCCCACCCCCUGUUGGUUCGUUGGCUCUGUUUGAUGAAAAUAUUAUUGUAAUGUCUCAUUUUCUACAGUGUGAUCAUGGAACAAUAUGUCAGGCCUAACAAAACGUUCGGCAUCAUGUCAUGUCUGUAUGUGUCUUGAAAACAGGUGAACAGGUAAUGUUUAGAAUGGGAAGUUACAUCUUGACUCUUGGUGGUGGUGGUGCAUCUUUAGUUGUCCAAGCCAGGGUUCUCAAAUGGAUGCCUGUUGGCCAAAGCACUGGCCAAUGAAGGAGUAUUACAAUGGUUUUGUGCUUUACAGCGGAAGUAAAGCAACAUCCCCUGAUGAUUGUCAAGGAUACGGCAAAAGGCAACCUCUAGCUGCUCCCUUCGGUACUGAUGAUAUUUCAGCCUGGGAAAGGGAGAGCGAUAGCUAUAAAGAGAAGGUGAAUUCAAUGGCCCCAACAAACCCCCUAAUCACUGACACAGUUGUUAUCAUUUACCAUCAUCCCCUCCCUUUAUCAGUUCAUCUCUUGCGUUGACUCCAUCAUUCCGUUCAGACAGGGAUUGGGUGGGGACUUCUGUUGAACUUCUUUGUCUUGUUUUUCACCAGCGUACUGUAAUUACAUUUCAUUUGAUUGAUUGCCAACCAGUUUGGUGUGGUCAUCAUAUCUUCACUCUUUUAUUUACUUGGUCCUCCAUUUCAUUGUUAGAAGUGUCCCAUGCGCUUGUAUACUUCAUACAAUGAGUAUUCUUGUACUGGGCCUGACUGACUGGUUUGAACUGGUUAUAUUCUUGUUUGCAGAACCCCACGGUCACUGAUGCGUCCAGCCAAAUGGAGAAUAUGUCUCUAAACCAAGGUGGUUAUAUGGAGGUCAACAAAUACAAGAAGACGUGAGUGCCUGCCUAUAUAUUGGACAUCCAGUAUUCAUUCUGUAAUUCAAUUUCACUUAAUGCUUAAUAAUACCAACGUACUGCAAUAUGUGUGUAUCAGUGUGUAACAUAUUUGCAUAACCUUUAUAACCUGUGUAAUAUAUAAUUUGUAUAAUGUUGGAACUUCUAAAUUCAACCUAACCACUAACACAAUUGAAUUUCCAACCUCUCAGUCAAAGUGAUUUUUCUAUGGACAGGUCCCAUGAGAAGAAAACUGCUCCUGUGAGCAUGUCCAAGCUGCUGAGCUUUGGUUACAUAGAGGAUGAGAAGAGGUCCACCAAUGAUGAUGACUCCUCAAGUACGACAAAUUACUUUGCCUUAUAGUCUUUGACCAGUGGAAAAACAGUAGACUUUUCCUCAACAAGUAUUUUGGAGGAAUUAGCAGCAGCACUAUAGGUUUAUUCUGCUAAAUCAAACAAUCUUUAAUAAAACAAUUCAAGUGUUUAUUUCAUACCAUAUGGACAUUCUGAACUAAUGCCAAACAUGACUCAUAUGGGUUGGCUACGGGAUUUAAUACAUUUUGAAUGUAUACCAUUAUUACAUAUUACCAACCUGUUUGUGUUUGUGUUUGUGUGUGUCUUUCAGGUGUGACCUCUGAACAGACGAGCACCAUCGCACCUGAGGAAGAAGACCUGGAAUAGGGAGGAGAAGAGGUCCAUCUGUGGUAGAAAACAACAGUGGAUACACACACUCACACCUGCCAUUCACUCUACUGUCUGUUCCCCCUGUCUCUCUGUCUCUCUCUCUC